AGAAAUUCCUCGACACUUCGUGUUUUGGACUUAUCACAAGACACAAGCCUCGUUUUUGAUGACCGUGCAGCCGUAUGAAGAAGCCUGGUUCCUAAUGAGCGAGACCGUAUUGCAUUAUGGGAUUGGUUAAAAAUUCUCUCUUGUUCCACGUUGUCUUUUGGUAAGAAUUCAUUUCGAAAUUGAUGUGAAAAAACCCUUUUAAAUGUUCAAUUUGAGUUCAGAAUAGAUGUUUUUUGGACUAGUUUAAGAGUUCAAACAUUGGACUUUGAUAAAAUUGAGCGAUUGGUACUUCUAACUAGAUAGAUUACUUACAAAUUGGAUUUGAAAAUUGAUCACAAAAAUAUAUAUUAUGUAAAAGUUUUAAUACUUGGUCAAUAUUAUUCAACUUCAAUUUGUGUUGAGAAUCGAUGUUUUGUGACUUAGUUAGAAAAUAUAAAUCUAAUCCUUCGAUAGGGUGGAAUAUGCCAUCUAUAUAUGAAUAGAUAUGUUUAUAAAAUUCAAAGUCGUGAUGCAUGUACAAUCUAAAAGUUACUGUAAAUAUCCUCAAAAUCGCUAAAAUCUUUGAGUGAAAGCCCUGUGUCUGGAGUUACUAGUAAAACAAUGCCAUGCCUGACUUAUAGCAAGAAUGAAUAAUCUGUUUGAACAAACUUGGGUGUAUGAGGCCCGAUUUAGACAGCAAACUUUUCAUGCACAAAACCUAAUACAACAAUUAAAUAUGACAGAAGAGCAGCGUCUAAAUUAAGUUUGACAAGUUUUGAUUAGGUUCGACAUGGCACAAAAUAGGACAAGUCAUGUACUCGUGUUGUAUUAUGCAACACAGGUUUGACAUGGGUUUAGAUGCCAUGCUUUUCAUGCGCCGAACUUAACCCAUUGAGCCGCAGUGCACCCUACUUCUUUAUUUACUUGUCUAACGCCUGAUGAUUUUACUCGUCAUUGGGGAAGCUCCUGCAGCUUAAUGGGUUAAUGCAUAAAUUUUUCAUUGUAAAACGUACAUUAUCAUACCUCUGAUAUAUUGGCAAUUUAACACUGAAAUUUCUGAUUUAGUGUACUUGUAUUUUGGCACAGUACAAUUAAGUCUGACAUCUAAACAGUUGACGAACUUGUGCUGUAUUUAAUUUGUUUAGGUUCGGCGUAUGAAAAGUUUGCCCCGUAUAAACCGGACCUAAGCAGAGGGUCCUGAAGGGGUAGAAUGGGAACUGGGAUUGACCUAUUUUUAGACUGGGAAAAUGGGAUUUGGGUUGCUGGGACUGGGAUUUGGCCACUGGGAAUGGGAAAUGAAGUCCUCAAAAAUGGGAAUGGGAUUGAGGUAAUGUGAAUCGAUUCCCAAUUUUUCCACGUUUUAAGUAUUUUUAAAUACAAUUUUGAUCUGUUUUUGGUGUCUUUGGUCAUGAUUUUUGUUGUUAACUAUAUUAUUCACAGCACUAACUGCGAACAGGCAUACUCUGGCGCCCGGAAUUCUGGGUUUUAUGAUUAUGCGUGUCUCAGAAUGCUGCAAAUGCCAUUUCCGGGAUUCAAAUUUAAAAAUUUUCCGUGCCUUCAGCACGACCCUCCCCCCGGUGGCUUAAAAAGUCUCAAAACUGUUUAUUCUACCGAUAAAUAAAGGGGUUUUUAUUGACUGGGAUUUCAAUAACUCCGACUGGGAUUUCUAAUAAAAAUCCAACUGGGACUGGGAUUUUGCCAAAAUUUCAGGUGGGAAAUGGGAUUGGGACCCCCAUGGGAUUCAGGACCCUGUAAGCAGACUGUCUUGCCAAUUGUGUAUGCAUAAAUUCGGCAAACAAAAGCGUCAUCAGUCGAGAUGAACUGCCUGCGGUUUAUGCAUGGUGACCAUGUUCCACUGAUAAGUAAUUUAUUGUUUUGUAGUAAUUCUUUAAACGUUUCAAACGCAAUCCUUUAUUGAUUCAAAAUGGUGAGGGAAGAUAAGACAACAUGGAAGUCAAACUAUUUUGUAAAAAUUAUAGUAAGUGAAAAAAAUCCUACAUCUAACACAAUUAACUUCUUUAUGCCCCAAGAAGCAAGGGCAUGCAAGACCUUGUUGAAGACUCGCUGACUUUAAAUGGUUUCCACAUAAAGUGCCAAGAAGUUUGAAGCUGCACAGGGCCACAGUUGCAGCGCCCACGACAGAUGCCCCGUUGCCCAAACAGUGUGGGGGCAACAGGUUGCCUUUUUACAAGAACUACUAUACAUUUCAAAAUUUGAAAUUGUAAAUUGUUUCAAGUAAUUCAAACCAACUUGACCACAUACAGUAGCUCAGUUGGCAGAGCAUUGGACUAGUAUCCCAAAGGUCGCGGAUUCGGUUCCCACCAUGGCCAAGCAAACUUUUCAGCUUGCCCGGUGUGGAUGCACACUCAGAGUAACAUCACAAACAUCAUAUUCACCUGAGUACACAUAACACCAACAAGGCAACAACACAAAAAAAUUUAGUUCAUAUUUGAAUCUGAAAUUCCUCUGAAAGGGUUCAAGCUAUAUUUAAAAACAAAAGUCAAAACGAAAGCUGUUCUAAAUUAUUGACAAACUCUCAUACAAUAUACAUUUUAGUCUUUAGUGUCAUGCAACAAAUAAAAUUGUUCCAAUCAAUGCAACAGCAUCAGCAACAAUAUGAUUUGGAUGGCCAGUUUCAAUAUAUUUGAUGCUCUAGAGUAGCAUAAUAGACAACUUGCAAGAUAGACUAAUUUUUUUAUCUUGGCAAAAAAAAAGUAAAUUUCUGUAAAGAACAUAUUAAAAUUGCAAAAUUUGGUUAUGAAAUGUUGUAAAAUAAGGAAAAUAUAGCCUUGCAAAGUUUACAUAUUUUGUAUAUGUUUGUACUACAUGUGGAAAUUGUUACCAUUUUUGAGCCGAAACUGGUAACAAUUUCCGCACAUAAUACAAACGCAUACAAACUUUGCAAGACUAUAUUUUCCAAGCUUUACAACAUUUUGGCAUUUUGCAACCAAAUUUUGCCAUGUUAGGGACCGGUCAUUAUUUAUGGAAGGGGGGGGGGAAAUAAGGGGGGGCCAUAUGUAGAAAUAAAUGACAAGAAGGGGGGGGCUAUUAAAUUUUUUCAAGAAAAUGAUGGGGGGGGGGUUGCAAUUAAAUUUGAAGGAAUUUGCUUAAUUAAUAACCUGGUAUCCAUUUGGUUGUAAAUGUUGCAACUAAAUCAUGGUCACUGAUGUGAAAUAGUCUGGAUUCAUCUUGUCUUGUGUGUGCUGUAUGCAAAUCAGAUUUAUGGUUUGCAGACUUGUUAAAUUGACAGUGUAUUAUUACAUCAGCUCUUGAUGUGGUUAAAUACAUUUAAAUUAAGCAACGUUAACAGCGGAUGUAUUAUGCAGGCCACAUCCACUGAGGGGAGUCUGUGACGUCAUAUCGAUCAGAGGGGGUUGUUUCAUGCCUUGUGAUCAGUGCUUCGGUCUGGAUAUUCAUUCUGCCAUUGUAUGCUUUGCCUAGCUGCAGCAAGUUUUGCGCUUCGAUACCUUUUCCCCACCCACCCACCUAUGUUCAUUCUAAAGGAUUUUAUCUGGUAGCUAGUAUAUGUCAUUUUAUUUUAUAUAAUUUUUAAUCUCACAGAAAAUAGGAUGUAUAGACCACUAUACAUUGUAUUUCGCAGGUAUGCCUUGGCAGAAUUGUCAUUGCUAUCUCCUUUUGCUGCUAAUAUUACUCAUUGUUGCUCUCAUUGUUGCUGCGCAGCUGCUAUGGCAAUACUUCGUACCAUUAAGUCUAGUUGCAGCCUUAACCAUGGUUACAAUCGCCCAGACCAAAUGGAAACCUGAUUUUAGUGUUAUAUAUAAAAAUACUCCUCUUUUAAUUAUAAUUUUCCGCUAAUAUAUAUUUUUGGUCGACGUUAAUAUCUUGCCAGUUCCAUAUUCUUAUUUAAUAAUUAACACUAUAACGCCUGGGUAUCCCCAUUUGACGAGCAAAAAUGAAAAUGGGGGGGGUCAAAGAAAAAUAUUCCAAUAUGCAGGGGGGUCAUCAUUAAAUUUCUGCUCUUUUAGGAGGGGGGCUUUCAAUUUUAAAAAUUUAGAAAAGAAAAAAUUCCCCUCCCCCCCUUCCAUAAAUAAUGACCGGUCCCUUACUAAUUUCAUUAUGUUCUUUUUAGCUGUGGUGUUGAUUCUCUUCUCUUUACUUAGAUUAAAAUUUAGUCUAACAUGGAAGUUGUCAUUAUAAAAUAAUAAAAAUUAAAUUAAGACUAAUGUUUGUUGUUAUGUAGCAAUAUCUUGAUGAAUACCCCAAAGUAUUCAUUGUUGGUGCUGACAAUGUCGGUUCAAAACAAAUGCAACAGAUCCGUAUCUCGUUACGAGGCAAAGGUGAAUUGUUGAUGGGCAAGAACACCAUGAUGCGUAAAGCAAUCCGAGGACACCUCGAGAAUAACCCACAACUUGAAAAGUAAGAGCAGAUGGACAAUGAAUAAAAUUAGCAAUUCUGCAUACUAACAAGCAAAGUUGUUUUGUGCCUUACAACUUUGGAAAAUUUGAUGUGUUAUGCCAAUGAAGGAUUGGGAUUCCAAAUUAGUAUUUUAAAAAAAUGUUGGCUCUAAAUUUUUAUAAAAUAUGUUCAUGAUUGUCUUAGCUACUCAGUCAAACAUCUACUCAAUCAAAUUGCAAUAAUUUAAUUAUUUGAAUACUUCUAAACCUAACAUAUAUUAUAAUAUAGCAUUGUUUAUUUAUUUAAAAAAUUUCUGGUUUCUGAUUGGCUAACAGCCAACUGUGAAAUUGUUGUAUCAACUCAAUGGCUAACCAAAUAUGGAUUUUUCGCAUUCAUAUUUAGCAAAAUGACGUCAAAGAGUCAAUAUGGAAAAAAAUUGGACGUGUUUGCGCCAUAUUACUAUGACGACGAGAGUCAUAUUGACUCGCUGACGCCAUUGAUAUGACAACGACGACGGCUGCCGAAGGACUAAGGAAUUGUUUUUUUCUUAAUACAAAUAAAAUACAAAUGUUUUGAAUUUUUUAAAUAAAUAAUAAAACAAUUAUUGAAUUCGGUUUUCGCACAAUAUGAAGAAUUAUCAAGCCCUCAGUUUGCCGUUAUCAACCUCAGGCUUUGGCAAAUCAUAUUGUUGCUGUUGCAAACUUCGGGUUUGAUAAUUCUUCAUAUCGUGCUCAACCUCAUUCAAUAAUUGUUAAAUAUUAAUCAGUCACAUGUUUGUCUGUCAUGGUGGCUAAAAUUUGAGACCUUCCAAUCUGCAAACAUGCUGCUAGUAUGCAUGCAAAAGCACUUGUUUAUAAAUUACAAGACGACAGAUUAGCAUGAGGCGGUUUCUACAAAAAAAAGACAAAAAAAACCCGAAUGAACCAGCUUUUUAUAAAAAUGCGUUCGAAAAUCGAAACUACAGUAAAAAAAGACACAACACGCCACUCAGUUCUCACAAAAGAUAUUAAAUUAAACGUAAGGUAUUUUGAAAACGUUCUCAAAUUUCAAACAAAAUCUCUUUAGUUUUUCGUGUGAAAAUGCCAAAACUUGAUUCAUUUGCAACAAACUCGUAUAAGUAUGGUUCGAUUUUAAUAGUAAAAUACCGAUUUUUCUUCGGGGGGUUUUCAUUUCCCCCCGGGUUUUCCAGUUUUUCACCAAAAGUAACAUCAAGUAUUUCGGUUUUCAAAAAAACAUUGGUUUUUUCGGUUUACUGAAAAACCGCCGCACCCUACAACAGAUUGGCUUUGAUUUAAUUAAGUAUGGAUGGAUGUUCAUUAAUAGUUCCAAGUCUGAUUUUUUUGCACAUCGUUUGGAAAAGUAAUGUGCAAUUUUCACUAUUUGGCCCAGAACAAUAUGCAAUCUGUUAAAUUAAUCUGAACCCUGGUAAGAGGUGCUCCUUAGUGGAUCUCUAAGAAACCUUUUAAAAUUAACAGGACUAGAAAAACUUCAAAUUUGUAUGUUAUAUAUUCAGGCUUCUUCCAUACAUCAAAGGAAAUGUUGGUUUUGUGUUCACUAAGGAAGAUCUGAAUGAAGUGCGAGAAAUCAUACGAAGCAACAAAGUUGCCGCCCCUGCCAAGGCCGGAGCCAUCGCUCCUAUUGAUGUUAAAGUGGCCCCGAUUAACACUGGUCUGGGACCUGAGAAGACAUCUUUCUUCCAAGCUUUGGCCAUUCCCACCAAGAUUACAAGAGGAACCAUUGAAAUCUUGGUAAGGAAAAAGCUGUCUACCAUUCUGGCAGGGUUGGGCGAUAUUUACAAAAUCACAUCAUGAUUAUCGUCUAUUAAUACAUAAUAUAAACAUUAAAGGUGAUCUACAGUCCGAUCUGCGCAUGUGCACAAACGAGCCCACUUUUUAUGAUACAAACAGUUUAACUAUGUUUUGGGUUCUUGAAAAGCCUGAUUAUUGUUUCUUGAUCAUUUAUUAUACUCUAGAAGCUUGAAAAUAUAAAUAGUUGUCGAAUAAAGCUCAAUAUUUUGGACACAAAAAUGUAAACAAAGGCUUUGUUUACAUACGGACUGUAGAGCACCUUUAACAAAAUUAGGCUAUAUCUUAUAUAAGUCACACUGUGAAUAAUUGCAUGAACCUUAGCCGUCUAGGGUUGGGCAGUUCAGGGUAAAAACCGAAAAUGGUCUUAAAAUCAUCUUUCAUAAAAUAGUGGAAACACUGGGUAAAAAAAUAUGGCGGCCAUUUCGGUUGCAAAUUACGAAUAUUUCGGUCUUAUUUUCGCUUUUAGGCGAGACUUUUUUUAUUUAUUGGUUUACGGAUUUGACUUUAAAAAUAAGAGGUCGGUAGGUCGGAAAAUUUUUUUUAAAAAAAAACAAACUGAGUAUAAAUGAGAACCGAAAUUAAUAAUCUUUAUAAAAAUUUUUAACGUCAAUUUAAAAAAAAAAUGCAAAAAACGUGGCUACAAACACAGAGUAGAUAAGACAUACAGAGACGUAACUGACCGUUGUAAACACUGCGGAAGAUUACGUUAUCAUGUACCCACUUUUUUUCAGGCGACCGGGCGAAAAAUGAUUAACUGCGCGUGCUCAGCAAGUUUAAAGUGAGUCGUCAUCAGGUUGUCAUCCAAUCAGAUGCAUGCAUCUAGUAACUUGCCGAGCAUGCGCACAAAAAAAGUGGGUACACUAGUUACGUCUCUGUAUGUCUCUACUCUGUGCUACAAAUCUACAUAUUGAUUGUCACAACGAUAACACAGAAUAGAUACAGGACCAGAAGUGUCACUCCGACGAUAUUUUGUCCGAAAUUUUACGAGUGCUGACGUGAAAAUACUCCAUCAUAUGACGCCAUCCUGGAGUGCACACAGAAGUUUUUCAUAGGAAAACAUAGGUACAAAGUGCCGGGUGCACUCCAGGAUGGUGUCAUAGCACGCAAAAAAAUUUCGGAUGUUUUCCUUCAGCCAAAACACAUAGGAGUGACACUUCUGGUCUGCCGGUAUCUAUUCUGUGACGAUAACAUGAGCCAGCAGUACCUAGAGUCAAAGUUCACUUGAAGUGUACUUCAUGUCAGAACCCCAAAUUAAUUAAAAUUAACUAAAAUUGUAAAAUUUUUGACAUCCAAAUUUAUUUUUUUUAUUUUUCACUUUCUGAAUAUUUACGGUCGGCGAAUCCGUAAACCAAUGAAUAAAAAAAGUCUCGCCUUACACACAUCGGAAAUAAGUCAAGGUACAGAAUAUGAAUAUGAAUUGUUUGUAAGCCACCCCUAUUUCUGCAAGUUUUCAAGUAUUUUUUCCGUUUUUUUGUCAAAAGGAAAUUCGUUUGAACCGGUUUUUAGCCAUCCACUGCAAUAGUGGCAAAGCAGCAAAAUUUAUAUAUUUGAGAAAUUAAAAGAACUGUUCCGAUUUUGUGAAAACAUUGUACUGUACACAUGCAAAACAAUAGUUAUUGACCAUAACGAUAAUUACAAUACUAUAUAUCAUCGCUCAUUUUUUCUAACAGUACCUUCGAUACGAUAAUCAUGACUGAAAAUAUCACAAUUAUAUCGAAAUAUCACUCUCAAGCUAUACCAUGGUCAUACCUGUUGUUAAUCAUGUAGCUAUAAUGCCCCCUAAAGCACUUGCCAUUAUUUUAUUUUGACUGAUGCCGGGGCGAUUUUACAUUGACCUUAUCUUGCUCCACAUAACAAAAUAAUUUGUUACUUAUAGAGUGACGUUCAUUUGAUCCAUAAAAGUGAGAAAGUUGGUGCGUCUGAAGCCACAUUGCUUCAGAUGUUGAAGAUCUACCCAUUUUCGUAUGGCUUGAACAUUGAACAAGGUAAAUAAUAUUAUUUACUAUAUAGAAAACCAUGCAUUCGUGAAAGUUCUCCGGAUUGAUAAUAACUUUUAUAAUAAAUUAAUUAUAAAAAUAAUAAAAAGUAAUAAAAAAAAAUUAUUAAGAAAUUAAUUACAAAAAUAAAAAAAAUAAUUAAAAAUAAAUAAUUAAUGAUUAAUAAAUAUUUAUAUUUAGAACUAUAAAUAUUUAGAAAUUUCACAAAUUAUAAUAUAAUAUAUAUUGUACAGUACAUAUAAAAUUAGGUUUCAUUGUUUACAAAAACAUUUGGCAGAGUCUCAAUAGAUAUCCAGAGCAUAAUUAAAUAAGUGCAACAAAUUCCACUAGGUAUCUUUAUUGCUAUUAGUUUUGUACCACAAGAUGUGGCACUCAUCAAAUAAAUUAGCCAGAUAUAUCAUAUUUUUUUCUUAUCAUAUUAUUAGGCUAAUUUACCUGAUGAGUGCCACAUGUUGUGGUACGAAACUAAUAAUAAUAAAGAUACCUAGUGGUAUUUAUUGAGUCGUUUAAUUGGAGAGUCGUGGAAUUUACCGACUAUACUGAUGUACUAUCGUGGACACUGUUGUUAUUAAAAUAAUGUAUGAUUUGUAUUUCGGACAUGUAGUGAAACACAGACUUAGUUAACAUUUUCUAAAAAGCCUACUAGGUUUGCAAUUUGUAAAACCUACAGACUUGGAAUGUUCAGUUUUAGCCUUUACUGUUUCGCAUUUGUUAUAGUCUUAAUCUCAAAAACGAUCUGUGCCGUGCAGGUAGUGGCAAAAAGAUAAGAAUGCAACUGCCUGUAUUUUUCAGGUACUUGCAUGCUUAUCUAACUUAAGAAAUCAUUUCGACCACAUCAGUCGCUGUUGUCCGAAAAAUUUUUAAAAAGCAUUUUGACCACAUUAGUCGCUGUCGUCCGAAAAGUUAGUGAAAUUGCUCGCUUUGGUUCAUUUACCUCUUGUAUGUAUAUUUAUAUAUGGUUUCUUAAAACCAAACUAUGCUUUUGAAUAGUGUAUGAAGCUGGCAGCAUAUUUUCUCCCGAUGUUUUGGACAUAACUCAAGAGGAUAUAUUGGCCAAAUUUAUACAGGUAAAAUGAAACUGUAAAAUACACAUAUUUUGAGAAACCUACUGCUCUAUUGAAAACGUUUUAUAUCUGAACAACUGUUUAAAUUUCAGGGUGUUGCUAAUGUUGCUAGCGUGUCCUUGGCAAUUGGUUAUCCAACUACUGCCUCUGUUCCUCACUCCGUUGUGAAUGGAUUCAAGGUAAGGGAUCGCACUCUUAAUUCGGUGUGUUUGAAAUAAUUAAAGUUAUAAAACUUAAGAUUUAUCGGAACUUGUCUUUCUAGAGACUCGUUUUUCAACAGGAUUGUUUUUCUUUGGAGGAACAGUCUUCUCGCUCAUAUCACCGAAUGUACCUCUAUUUCCUCUUUCAAACACAUUCUGUAUUCUCACUUCCUUUCCAAACUUGAAUCUACCUUCAGGUCGGUUCGAGUAUAGUUCCUUCGAUAUCGAUGUAAUCUAGUAAUCAUGAUUUUUUUCUGUAUUGGUGUAAUGUACUCAGGUGAAUAUGAUGCUUUAUACACUCAGAGUAACAUCACAAGCAUCAUAUUCACCUGAGUACAUUACACAAACAUAGAAAAAAUUCAUGAUUACUAGAUUACAUCGAUAUCGAAGGAACUAGACUCAGUUCCAAAAUAUCACAUACUCGAACCGACCUAGUAUUCCAAAGGUCGUAUGUUCGAUUCCCACCGUGGCCAGGCAUAUUUUUCGGGCUUGCCCGGUGUGGAUAUACACUCAGAGUACAUUACACCAACACACAAAGAAUUCACCUGAGUACAUUACACCAACACAGAAAAAAUUCAUGAUUACAUCGAUAUCGAAGGAACUAGACUAAGUUCCGAAAUAUCACAUACUCGAACCGACCAGACCAGACCGCGUAGCUCAGUUGGCAGAGCAUUGGGCUAGUAUUCCAAAGGUCGUAGGUUCGAUUCCCACCGUGGCCAGGCAUAUUUUUCAAGCCUGCCCGGUGUGGAUAUGCAUUCAGAGUAACAUCACAAGCAUCAUAAUGGGAAUUGUCUAUAUAAUGCUUUUUUCCAUUUCUAGAAUGUGCUUGCCGUUGCAUUAGGGACUGAGAUCACCUUCCCAGCAGUUGAGCAACUCAAGGCGUACUUGGAAGAUCCAUCUGCCUUUGCAGCGGCUGCUCCCGCUGCGUCUGCUGGCGGCGAUGGUGAUGCGGAGGAAGACAAACAAGAAGAGAAGAAAGAAGAAGAAGAGGAGGAGGAAAGUGAUGAUGAUAUGGGCUUUGGAUUGUUUGAUUAAAACAUUUACAUUUGAAGCAAUUAAAACAUAGAUAAAC